CCCGAUAGCAGACACGCGCCGCAAUAUAAGCGGGUGGCGACGGGCGGCCUCUUCAGUCCGAAGAACUCCACGAUGACCGCCCUGCUGCUGCUGGCACUUCUCGCCAUGGCUGGCCACGCCUCCACGCAGACCCACGCAGGCUGUUCGGUGGACGUAAACAAAUCCAAGAUGCCCUACCCUCAGCCGCUGCUGCUGAAGCCCGGCGGAAGCAAAGACGUGCACGGCUUCGUGACGCCGGACUCCUCGGGGAAAAUAUUGCUCAGAAAGAACGAGCAGAUCAUCGUCGCGUGUCCCGACAGCGUCAUCGAGAUCAGGAAACAGCGGCUGGCGACAGCCACCUGCUUCUCCGGCACCACCUUCACCAUCGGCGGUAUGGCCUACAACUUCAGUGAUCUCGGAUGCAGGUCCCAGCCGAUGCCAUCGGAGAGGAAUCCGGAAAGAUCGUGCGGCAGCAGAAGUCAGUAUCAGGAGAUCCAGCUGGGCUUCCAGGUCGGCCCCGACUUCUACACGCUCAUCGACGCCUGCUUCGACACUCGCUCCUACAGAACAGUGUACGACCACUUCACGAUGGUCCGCGAAAUACGGGGCAGCCAGACCCGUUUCCCCAGACCAAAAAAGUGGUUGAAUGGCAGGUUCUUCGGCACUAUUGACAUGGACAAACAGUACGAAAGAGCCACGCAGAUCGUGACGUUCGGCAAACUGCUGGGGGACCCUAAGCUGGGGUCCGAGUACGUUUCUCGAAACACCGACUACUUCCUUUCCAAAGGACACCUCGCUGCUAAAUCUGAUUUCUCUCUCGGCGCGCAGGAGUACGCCACGUUCUUCUACAUGAACGCUGCGCCGCAGUGGCAAACAUUCAACGGUGGCAACUGGAACACCAUGGAGGGAGAUGUACGUUCCUAUGCUGCAACAAACCGCGUCAAGCUGGAAAUAUACACGGGUACGCACGGCAUCACAACGCUGCCCAACGUGAACAAAGUCGAGACGGAUUUAUAUCUUUAUACUAAAGGCAGAAACUACAUCCCAGUACCGAAGCUCUUCUGGAAGAUUGUGUAUAGAGAGGAUACUAAGAGAGCUGUUGUGUUCCUGGGUGUAAACAAUCCGUACAUUGAGAGGCCUGGAUCUGACUACUACAUCUGCAAAGACGUGUGCUCCAGGAUCAGCUGGAUAACCUGGACGGCCAAUGAUCGGAGGGACAAAAAAAAGGGUUACUCGUACUGCUGCGAGUAUGCGGACUUCAAGAACGCUGUGGCCGACGCACCCACCGUCAACGUUACCUCUCUCCUUACUUAACAGUCUCAACCGAAAAGCAGCUCGAAUUAUCUUCAGAAAUCGCAAGGAAGCCACAGCAAACGAAAACCGUAUUGGGAACUUCUGCGGGAUCGAGCAAGGAAUGUAAAUACAUCUGUAAUUCUUUAUUUCCUUUAGUUCACAGUUCUUCAACUUUUUUGAUAUUCAUAUUUCAUUUGCAGCUUCUUUGUGCCUUCUUUGCACAUUUAAGUCUAAAGUUAAGAGAUGAUGGUGGCGUUUGGUUUACACAUUCCGAGUCUCUGUCUGAAAGUUACAGUAAAUCUAUCCAGUACAAGCAAUUUCAUUACAUUUCUGAAAUAUUUAUUUUACAGUAAGUACGAUUAUUAGGUGACAACAUGGGCAUUCUAGAAAUUAUGCAGCCAUCAUAUAUGGAACAUAAUUAAUUUCACACUUUCAUACGAUUUUACGUCAUAGGCGUAUAAUUACAGGACAAGUGUAGAGUGGAAAAAGAUAAUGAAUGUAAAUAACAACAAAAUCCAAUGUAACAUAUUUCCUGACCUAAAUAUAAUCUGUAUGUAUGCAUUUCUGAAAAAUAAAAGAAAAAUCCACUGACGAUGCCAUAA